GGAUACAGAGAGAGCUGUGGCUUUAGCCGGCGCUAGUAAACACUGACGCUCCAGUCAGGUCACCACCGUGGGACACCACGUCUCCUGACAGAGAGAGAGAACCUAGGUAACCUCAGAGCCACUGCCCACUGACGGACCGGACCAGCACAGCACCACACCUCCCUGCCACCCUACCCCAGGCCGCUAACAGGACGUUCAGAUCUGAUACAGCAACGGGUUGAUCAUUAUCAACUGUAGAGGGCUGGCGACGACUCUGGCACCACUUCAGGCACGAGGACAUGGCUUCUAACAGCAUCUUUGAUUCCUUCGGCAACUACGGCCCCACUCUACUGAGAGACCCUAACACCACCAGACGGUUCACACCGCCCUCCACGUCGUUCCCCUGCAGCAAGAUUGGAGACGGCAGCGGGACCAUGGGCACCCCUGGACCACUGAGGACACGACCCGAGGCCAGGAAUGUGGUGGACGUCCUGUCAGAUCACGCUGGCGAGCUGGUCCGUACAGACAGCCCAAACUUCCUCUGCUCCGUGCUGCCCUCACACUGGAGGUGCAACAAGACACUCCCUGUGGCUUUCAAGGUUGUUGCACUCGGUGAUGUACCCGACGGGACUCUGGUCACUGUGAUGGCGGGGAACGACGAGAACUUCUCUGCGGAGCUGAGGAACGCGUCUGCGGUGAUGAAGAACCAGGUCGCCCGCUUCAACGACCUGCGGUUUGUGGGCAGAAGCGGACGAGGAAAGAGCUUCACUCUGACCAUCACAGUCUUCUCUGGUCCCCCUCAGGUGGCCACCUACCACCGUGCCAUUAAAGUGACUGUGGAUGGGCCCAGGGAACCCAGACGUGAGUACUUACAGGGACACAGGGUGAAGCUAGAGGAUCCCCAGAAGAUGCAGUUCUCUGAUAGGCUGACAGAGAUUGAGCGCUACCAGCGGGCCAGCCUGAGGAUGGGGCCUGGUAACCCCCAGCCCCGGCCCAUGCACCAGAGCCACCUGGGGCCCUCCAGCCAGUCCCAGAUACAAGCCCUGUGGUCUGACCAGAUUGACCCACCAGCUCUGAAGACAUGCAAAGUGGAGGACGACCUCAGAUGGUCAAGUCCCACCGCUGAUCUCUUCCCCCAGAGGACCUCCUUCCCCUCUCUGUCCCCGCUGACUGACCCCCGUUUCUCAGACCCACGUAUGCACUACCCAGGAGCCUUCACCUACUCAGCCAACCCCUCCAGCACGGGCAUCGGAGGCCUCAGUGUGACGGGAAUGUCUGCCUCCUCCCGCUACCACACCUACCUGCCCCCGCCCUACCCAGGCAACCAGAACCAGGGAAGCCACUUCCAGUCCAACUCCUCCCCCUACCACCUGUACUACGGCACCGGAUCCGGCUCCUACCAGUUCUCCAUGGUGGGCCCGGGAGGGACCGGGGGUGAGCGCUCCCCCAGCCGCCUGCUGCCCUGCUCGGGGGCCUCAGCCUCUGGAGUUGGCAACAGCCUGAUAAUCCAGGGCCUGAGCAACCAGAGCGAGGGGGUGGAGGCGGAUGGAAGCCACAGCAACUCCCCUACGACCAUGAGCGGGUCUGGACGCAUGGAUGAAUCUGUCUGGAGGCCCUACUGACUGUUAGACAACUAGAGGAAAUGUAGGACAGAGAAGAGAGAGAGAAAGCAAAAGUCAAGAAGUUAUAUGAAACAAAAAAAGAUUAAUCCUUCCCCAAAAAAUAAAUGUUGCAUGUUUGUCUUUUCUUUAUCCCGCACUCGCUUCGUACCCUUUUCCUAGUUGACCAAAGACAUUCAAUGUCUGUCAGAAUGCCAUGGCCAGAGGUGGCCUUUAUGAAGGCCAUGGGUACACCCUGCACUGUGACAGGGACUAUUCUCUGAGACUCUGAAAGCCAUACAAAUCUCAUUCUUUUCAAUUGAUGAGUAAGAACUGCAAAAUAACUGCAAAUAGAUGUUAUGGUGUUAGAACAAAUAAGCCAUAGUAAUAUACUGUAUCAGGUUCUUCUGAAAAACAGGUACAACAUGCAUACCAUAGACUAUGAAAAGGCAAAACUUUCACAUCCAUUCAUUCUAUGCAGCUGAUGAACGGUAAAAAUGCAAGUGCUAUUGUGGCUCAUCCGCCAACGAGACCAAAACUAUCCUUAUCCCUCAGAUAAGGGAUACCUUUCUUGGCGUUACGAGCUAAACAUCCAGAACAGUGACUGUACUGCCUCAACGGCCUUUGACUGUUAUGUGAAAACAGAAGUCAAACAGGAUGUUUGCUUCACGUGACUCAGAAACUGCCCUAGAUGACUUGUGGCUGUAUUGCUAAUGUAUACAUGUCAAUUGAUCCUGAAGCUUUUAUUUUGUGAGCGGUUUGGAGAUUCAUCCAUCAGUCCAUGAAAGAUCAUCAAGAACAAUCCAUCGUCUCAAAGUAGUUAUGCAUUGCUUGAAAAUUGCAUUUAUUAUCUAUACUAGGAUGGAUCAGUCCUUGGAGGUACAGUAAGCAAUGCUUAUUCAAAAUGAACAACAUUAUGUAUUUGAGUGAAACUCCCCUGUAAAGUCGUUAAUGUAUUGGUCAUCUAUGUAGCAGAACAAUAGCUGAUAUUCUGAGGACUGUCCAGGACUUUAGCAGAGAAGAGGUUUUUUGAAGCAGGAAUUUUAUGGAUUCCUGUCUUUUUAGUUUCUUGGACUGUUAUCUUUAUUUUUACUUAUGGUAGGCCUAUAUAUUUCUUCAUUGUGUCUGCAAACUGUUCUAGUGUAGUAUGUCUGAACUAGAUAAUACAGUUGACUUUUUUUAUAUUUAUUUGAGCCAAAUUUGAGAAAAUGUUCACUUAUGCCCAAAAACAUUUAGCAUUUCUCUCUACCUUAUCUUUUUUUAUAAAUAUUUUGUUUAUUUGUUGUUUAAUAUAAAAUUUGAAUUUGUGUAAUAUAUUUCUUCUAAAUUAUGAAAAAAACUAAACUUUUAAUGUUAUUAUUUUGUAUUUCAAUGUAGCUUCGAUGCACUAAAAACAUUCAUGAUAUUCAACCAUUAGAAGCACAGAUCCCAACAUUAAAUCCAACAAUCACUUUAUUUAAGAUCCCCUCUUAAACAGUCGCCCAAUCACCAACCCCCAGCCUCCUUGAGUUCACAUUUUUCCACUCUUUUAAAGAAGAAAAUAAAUACUUAAAACACACAACCCACAUUAUGUGGCUAUGCAGAUCUUGUUUCUUUGUUUAUCACUGAAACCUCAGACUAUGAUUGGCUUAAUCUCAAACCACAUUGGCAUGUCUGAAGUGGCUAACUAAACAGUAGAGAUGGAGUGGGCUGAUUUUCACAUGUAAACACACACACACACACACACACACACACCUGUGCUUUCUGUGCUACAGGUGUGAUUGUGCACAUUCUCACAGUCCCAAUGGCCUUUCCCACCCCAGGGGGACACAGAGAGUAGGGAUGAAGAUAAGAGGGGGUUCAAAGUGGGAUCCUCUUACCAACACCAAGGGCAAUCCUAACUAAAAACAAGCCCUUGUUGUGCACAGGUCCCUUUGUUCUGCAUGAGCUGUGAGUCCUUUGAAGCCUUUCUGACCGUGUUUUCUGUCAUUUAUUGAUCAUUAGUGCCUGUAGCUCAGGGCACUGCACAGGAUUCAGAUGUCAGGACAGAGCAUCUUUUUUUGUAUGAGCUGUGCUGAGCCACUUAAUUAAUUGUGUCAGGUGUGCCAUGUUAAGAAAUGGAGGUGUUUUGGUGAAAAGGAGGAGGAGAGUUGUUGUGGCUUCUUAAGAGCAGAUAUUAUACCAAUUAGGGUUGGUUUAGCGACCCCCAAUCUUUGAGCGCAUACAUUAAAAAACAAAAAAUAUUGCUAGCAUUUGUAGCUCAGAAAAAAAGUUAAGCUAACUCUAUUGACAAAUCUACUACCUUAUGCCUUAUUUUUGUUUAAGACAAUCAAUUCUAUAAAGAUGCAUUCCUAACUCUUGGGGAGUAGAGGGAAAGAAGAGCAUGUUCUUAUAAUCACUGUGUUCCUAUCCAUCCCUUUGGGUUUGAAGGCCUAACUUUAGAUUGGGCAAAAUUCAUGCAGCUACGAGAAAUCAAAGAUGUACCUGAUAUCAUAUGGUUAUAUCAAAACCAAAGAAAGGCCUGUAAUAUUGUUACAUUGAGGGUUUGAAUUUGUUGUUUUACACAAAAUGUCUCGGUUGGUUUCCAUUAUCUGUUGAUAAAAUGUCCAUAACUCUUAAGAAAGAGGUGUGUAUAUCAUGAGGCAUUUGCAAAACAGGGAGGUUAAAUUGUACAAUUACAUUUUAUUUUAUGUUGGAUAGAAAAGCACAAAGCUUUUGUUUUCUUUAAUGUUUCUUUUAAACACCCUCUUCAUUUUGUUUUACCAUAAUGUUAAUUCAUUUUGCUCAAAGCAUGUAUGUCUGAAGCUAUGUUAAUUUAAUUUCCAUCCAUGUAAUAUCCUUAAAGACUCUGUAUUAAGUGCUUGUAAAGUGUGCAGAUAAUGUAGUUUUUAAUCAUUUUAAUUAAAAAAACAUCAAUUUCA